AUCAGAAGUCUUCGUAUUACCGGAUGUGUUUUACUCGGCGAGCGUGUGUAGCUCGGUAGCGGUUGGUGGCUCGAAAAACUCAUUCAUUUGAAAAGAAGAUAAUAGUUUUGGUCGUUUUUCGUUUAUUGUCGGGAUUUGAGUAUUUUUCCACAACAAUGAUCGAACCGAAGAAGCGUGGCGCAGAGAUGGCAGUCGUUCCCGUCGGAGUGAAGAGGCCCCGGACAGAGCUGGUGGCUGCAGCGCAGGCCCAGCAGCUCUCUGCUAUGGGCCCCCCGCGCAGCUCCAGUCUGCAGGCUCCUAUAAUGCUGCUCUCUGGUCAUGAAGGUGAAGUUUACUGCUGCAAAUUUCACCCCAAUGGAGCCACGUUAGCCUCCUCUGGAUAUGACCGUCUCAUCUUGCUGUGGAAUGUAUAUGGCGACUGUGAGAACUAUGCAACACUUAAAGGCCACAGUGGAGCUGUGAUGGAGCUUCAUUAUAACACGGAUGGCAGUCUGCUCUUUUCAGCCAGUACGGACAAGACGGUGUGUGUGUGGGACAGUGAGACAGGGGAACGUGUGAAGCGUCUGAAAGGUCACACGUCCUUCGUGAACUCAUGUUUUCCGGCUCGGCGCGGACCACAGCUGGCCUGUACGGGCAGCGAUGAUGGAACUGUGAAGCUGUGGGACAUUAGGAAGAAGGCCUCUGUUCACACAUUCCAGAACACGUAUCAGGUUCUUAGUGUGACAUUCAAUGACACCAGUGACCAGAUCAUCUCAGGAGGCAUCGACAACGACAUAAAGGUAUGGGACCUCAGACAGAACAAGCUGAUUUACAGUAUGCAGGGUCAUGGAGACUCUGUGACAGGUCUGAGUCUCAGUGCAGAUGGGUCCUACCUGCUGUCUAACUCAAUGGAUAACAGCGGUAAGCCUAAAUGUGUGUUCGUGCAUUUGUGUACACACUACAGAUCAAAAGUUUGGGGUUAG